AUGACGGACACUGCGGUUGCGGCGGCCACCGAUGCCAGCAGGGAGCUCAAGAAGACGGCAUCUGGGAAGGCACCGCUCUCCGCUCGCCUGAAGAAGUCGUUCAAGCGCAUGAUCACGCCGCGCUCGAAGCGCAGGGCCGAGGAGGAGAUGCUCGCUGCCGAGGCCGACCUCAAGGAGGCCCAGGCCGCCGCUGAGAAGGGCGCCGCGAACGUCCGCGCCGGCCUGCCCCCGAAGCCCUCGGAGUCGAAGAAGAAGCUCAUCGACGCUGCCGAGGAGGAGUUCGACAACCUGGCCGACGACACCCUCGCCGACGCCACCUCCGCCGCGGCCACGCCGCUGAAGACGGGCAUCCCGAAGAUCUCGAACUUCGACAAGGCCCACGAGGUCCGCGCCCAGGAGGACGCGGAGUCGGAGGACGAGUCCGAGGAGGGGGGGCUGGUGGAGAACGCGGUGGACGCUGCGGGGGAGAUGAUCGAGACGCUCAAGGGGGCCGUGAUGGGGUCCCCGGAGCCGCAGACGACGGACGAGGCCACGCCGGCGCACACCGAGGAGAUGGCCGGCGAGGAGGCGGUGCACUCGACCACGGAGCAGGCCGCGGAGAGCUGCGACCCGGUGGUCGCGCAGCUGUGCAACAACUCGUUCCGCAUGGCGAUCGAGGAGUGCGACAAGGCGGACCGCAAGCGCAAGGCGAAGCGCAACGCGUUCCUCGGGGCCCUCGGCGGCGCGCUGGUCGGCACGGGCGUCCUGGUGACCAAGGCGAUCGUGGGCAAGAAGUGA